UUGACUUUGGACACUUUUUACGCGCGGGCAUCGCCUCAUCUGUUGGUCCUGCAGCUCAACAGUUUGCCUGCAGAGGAGUCAGUGAGACUACUUAAAACUGGACGUUUUCACCUCCAAGUAAUGACGAAGCCGAACUGUGGACCUGGUGUCAUCAUAUUUGAUGCAAAACUGGAGAUUUUCUGGACGCAUCUCAGGUGGCCUCUUAACAGAUAACCCAGCAAAGACCUUUUCAGUUUUCUUUAGGGUGCAGCAGAGGACUCUGUCUAUUUUAAAGUCAUCCAAAAUCAGAUUAUAACAGGAAUCACGUCAUAGUGAAUCAAAUGGCAGAGGAAUAUGAAGUGUCCGGUGCGUCAGAGUUUAUUAAAGACCGGCUGUACUUUGCCACUCUACGCGUCAAACCAAAGAACACAGCCAACACACACUACUUCAGCACGGACGAGGACUUCGUAUAUGAGAGUUUCUAUGCAGACUUUGGGCCCCUCAACCUGGCCAUGCUGUACAGAUACUGCUGCAAACUCAGCAAGAAGCUCAAGUCCUUCACCAUGUCCAGAAAGAAACUGGUCCACUACACCAGUUAUGACCAGAAGAAGAGAGCCAAUGAUGCUGUGCUCAUCGGUGCCUAUGCUGUAAUCUAUCUGAAAAGAAGCCCAGAAGAAGCCUACAGGACUCUGAUCUCAGGAAACAACACAGGCUACCUGCCGUUCAGGGAUGCAGCGGUGGGGGAGUGCUCCUUCAACCUCACCGUCCUCGACUGCUUACAGGGGAUACGCAAGGCAUUACAGCAUGGCUUCUUUGACUUUGAAAAUUUCCACGUUGAGGAAUAUGAACAUUAUGAGCGAGUUGAAAACGGGGAUAUGAACUGGAUCAUUCCGGGGAAAGUCCUGGCAUUCAGCAGCCCUCACCCUCGCAGUAAGAUAGAGAACGGUUACCCCCUCCACGCACCGGAGGCGUAUUUUCCGUACUUUCGCCAAAAUGGCGUCACAGCCGUGGUUCGCUUAAACAGGAAGUUGUAUGACGGCAGGCGUUUCGAGGAUGCAGGAUUUGAGCACCAUGACCUCUUCUUCCUGGACGGGACCACGCCCUCUGACCUCAUCAUCAGGCGCUUCCUGCACGUGUGUGAGAGCACUGAAGGAGCUGUGGCUGUGCACUGUAAAGCUGGCCUGGGCCGCACAGGCACUCUGAUUGGCUGCUACCUGAUGAAGCACUUCCGCUUCACCGCAGCUGAGGCCAUCGCUUGGAUCAGAAUUUGCAGGCCCGGAUCCAUCAUCGGUCCUCAGCAGAACUUCUUAGAGGAGAAACAGCACAGUUUGUGGGUGCAGGGUGACGUCCAUCGCUCCAAGCAGAAACUGGUUCAGCAGAGACUGAGUCGACGGCAGCAGCUGCAGCAGCAGAGUCAACAGCAGCAGCUUCACAGCCCCGACUCUGAGGGGGGGAGACAGGAAGCCAUGUCCCGCCUUCUCUCCAGCAUGGACGACCUGUCAAUCAACACCACCCUUUACAAAUCAUACAGCCUGGAUGAGAGUAACUACAAGGAGGGCAGUCUAACUCAGGGAGACAAACUGAGAGCACUGAAGGGAAAGCGACCACCUCGAUCAGCCUCCUCCUUCUCAAGCUGGUGCGGAGCUCUUCCUCCUCCACCACGCAGAUCAAGAGUCCCUUCAGCCUCAGUCUGUUCAGCACCAGGCCUGCUGUCAUUCACUGACUUCACACUUUGGACGUUUCCGUUCUGCUCACAAGUCGGCAAGUCGACUGAUGACGAAGUCAGAGACUGGACUGCUAACAUGCUGCGGGUGUCUGGGCCUUAAACAUUUUUAUCAACCUUGACAGAUGCUAAGACAAAUAACAGCAAUUACUCGUCUGACAAAGAAACGGCACCUUAAUGGUAGACAGCCACAGAUUGAAGAGCUUUGUAGAGUCAACUCCAAGCUGCUUCUCUGUGUUUGAAUGUGUGUAAGGGCUACACCACCUUUUUGAGAGUCACAAAACUGACAUCACACUCAUCUCUGUGUCUCCAGCAGAUGGUCAACAAAUGAUGUGUUAGAAGAUAAAACACACCAAAGUGUUGGAAAACUAUUUUACACACAGGUAAUUAACCGUGAAAAGUAUAAUUAACAGAAUUAUUAAUGACAAAACUACACACUACUAGACUGAAACACAGCUCUAAGUACUCAGGCCCUUUAUUCAGGUAAUAGUUACAAUGCAAUACUCCAUUAGAAGUAAAACACCUGCUUUCAAAAUCCUAGUUAAGUAAAAGUCAAGUGGUAUUUUCAGUAAAAUGUCCUUUAAGUAACAAAAAUGAAGCACAUGGGCCCACUCAUGGUAUAAAAUACAGUAUUAUAGGAUUAUUAGUGCUGAUGCUUUGUUGAGGUGGAGCUGAUUUUAUCAUCUUUAUAACGUGCUGAGACUUUUAACCUGCAAAAACCUCAACCAAAGAUUUUCUGUCAAUGAGUGAGUCUUUAAAAAACGGAAGAAAGAGGACUGUGAUGUUCUUCUGAGGGUGUAUUCACUCUUCUGAGCCAUCGGGUGAAAAAAUUAUAACAUAAAAUAAAACAAGUAUGUCAGAUGCCAGGCGCUGCUGUCUGGCUAAUUAACAUACUGUACGCUUCAAUAUUACAGAGACAGAAAGAUGACUUUGUGUCAGUCAGGUGACAGAUGGACAAAGCGUCCACCAAGUCAGUGGUUUGAAAAGCAAGCAAGAUGUUUUACUCCCUGAGUUUACAUCACCUCACAGGAAGCAGCAGCAAUGACGGGGAUUAAAGCAGAAGUCUGCACUCAUUGGAAGAGUUUCUGGGUAUCAGUGGCAGGUGUGUUGCAACGAUCAACUCAGAACUGAGCACAGAUCAGAAGAAGGUGGUUGCCAGGUUUUGGUUUUCUGUCCCUUUUAAUGUAACACCAUAUUCAAACAAUGUAGGAACAACAUCAGUGGAGGAGUGGAAACAAAGCCAUGUGACUCUCAACCGCAACUACACUUUGUUACUAUAAUAAAAAAAAAUCUUCAUUAUUAGCAAAUGUUUGUUCUGAGCAAGAACACAGUCGAACAGUUUGUACAGUAGUCAGUACAAAUCAAAUAUGGAAACUUUGGAUCACAGGGGUUAAAAGAAGAAGAAUCUGGGGGACAUUUUUCAUUCAUAAAGGGAAAUUCUUCUGUUUGUGUGUGUAGCUGUGUUAAACCAUUUCUUCUCUUUUCUGUGCAAACGUAUGUACGGAGAAUAUUUGUUUUACGUUAUUUGAGCGGCAACAUGAACUCUAAUCUUGCUAUGCAAAUGCUGUCCUGUUUAAAAACUGUGCUGUUACUAUUAUGAAAUGUAUUUAUCUGGUCAGGGAUUAUGCAUGACCAUCAAUCUCUGGUUGAUUCCAAACGAAGAAAAAUGCUUAUUUGAGAUCCACCAUUUGAUAAGACAGCUGCCUUAAGUGUUGCUGCAGAGAUUUUUAACAUGAAGAAUAAAUACUGAUGAUUCAGGUUGCCCUUGAUUAUGGAUGUACUGUAUAUUAGUGAAUGUGGGCCUUUGUUUCAUUGCACAUCCCAAAGAAACAACAUGAUUAUGUCUGAGGUUUAGUCAAAAAAAGAAUCUUGGUUUUUAAAGUAAACGAUGUGUUUUUUUGCCUCACAUUAAUGAUUUUUUUUAUUUUUGGCACAUUUCCACUGUUAUGAAAUACAUUUAGGAAAAAAGAUAAUAGAAGUUGAAGGAUGAAACCAGUUUUGUAUGCAGCCAGUCUUGUGUUGUCCUGGUAACUAGUGACACUUCAUCAUAGCAGCAAAUGCUGACUACACAGAAGAUGAUGUCAUAUGUUAUUUGGUCAGAGAGAAAUAUUCCCUGAGAACAAUUUAAAAAUGUCAUUAUCAUCUCUCAGCCUUGACAUCCAUUGAAAGAAACUCCCUCACUCACUAUAAUGUCUCUGAAUACAAAGCUGCACUCAUCAGUCUUUCUUAUAUUACCAACAGGUGAUGUUUUAUCGUACUUCAGCUGUUUGCAAUGUUGAUCUGUAUCUGAUGGAUGUGUAUGUAGACAACUGUUUACCAGCAUGUUCACUGUAACACCUUUAUUAGGUCAGUGUUGUUUACAGCUUACUCAACUGCCAAUUAACCAAAAAAAAGAAUAUUUCUUUAUUUAAUCCAUGUUUUCUUUACUUCGCAAAAUGCAGAGAACAAGGAACCCUAAAAUACACAUUAAAGUAGAGGUUCAGCUCAUUACUCUUUAUAUCAGGACAAACUGAGGCACCCGCUGUUCUAGAAAUCUUCAAGGCUUGACAUCAGUCUGUUACACAUCAAAUUGUUGUUUUACCUCUAACAGUUCUCGCCUUAACCCCCAGUCCAUGCAAACAUCACCUUUAUCUUUUUUAAGAUUCUUUUUCUGACUUUAUUGAGAGGAGGGCGACAGUGUGCAGAUAAAAAAGAAAGAAAAUAUAGAGCAGAAUAUAGAAUAUAAGAAAUAGGAACUACACAAGGAAAUAUAACAGUUAAAUAACUACAUAUGACAUGAAAAAUGUUUGUCCGUCCUGUUUAAUGCAAAUCAUUUCAUGAUACACAUUCUCUAUGAUAAUAAAAACAGUA